AUGGACCUGCCCACCGCCCUCCGUGCUAUCUCGACUCUCGAGAAACAGCUCGAGGAAUUGGAAAGUACAAGCAAUGAAUACGAGCUCGAACUCGAGGCAACAGUCGAACGUCUUAAGGUUGAACUACAGAAAGCUAAGGAUGAAAAGAAUUCGGUACAAUCUUCAAAUGUAGCAGCCAACAAUAUCACAAAGCUCGAGAUUCGUAUAGAUGAACUAGAGAAUGAGAAUCGUGCCUUGAAAUCUCAAGUUGAGUCUUUACGAAGAGAGAACGACUCAAUACUAGAGGAGAACGUGCUACUGCAACACGAAGUGAACGACAUGACGGAACUUAUCCAUCAAACGCAAGUUAUACCGCAAAAAAGUAUUAAAGAGGCACCUCACGGAGAAAAUAUCCGAGUUAGCAGCAAUGGCUCAUCUCUUCGCAUUACAUCCCGUCACACAGCUGAUAGCAGCAAGAUAACACAUUUGAGCAGCACCACUGUUUUGGCUAAAACAAAUUAUAAAUGA